AUGCAGAACAGCGGUUUAGACAAUGCAGGCAAGACAACUAUACUUAAACGAUUAAACGGUGAAGCGAUAGAUACAAUAUCACCUACUUUGGGCUUUAACAUAAAGACAUUGGAACAUAAUGGAUAUAAACUGCAUAUAUUUGAUGUGGGUGGGCAGAAAUCAAUUAGAAGCUAUUGGCGAAAUUAUUUUGAGCAGACUGAUGGGGUUAUAUGGGUAGUUGAUAGCGCAGAUAGAAUGAGAUUGGAAGAUUGUAAAAAAGAGUUGCAUUCACUAUUGCUAGAAGAGCGAUUGUCGGGCGCAUCUUUACUAGUGUUUGCUAAUAAACAAGAUCUUCCCGGUGCAUUGGCUGGACAAGAAAUCAGAAAGGUUCUCGAUUUAGACUCAAUAUUAACCCAUCACUGGGCUAUACAAGCUUGCAGUGCAUAUACAGGCGACAAUCUACUUCGUGGCAUGGACUGGAUAGUUGGAGAUAUAGCGUCGCGUAUUUAUUUAUUGGAUUAA